AUGGAUCCUUAUUUUGAUGACGUAGGCUCUUAUUCAUUUUCGCCUUCUGUCGCGACAUGGUAUGGAGAAGCUAAUGGGGCCGGAAGUGGGGGUGCUUGUGGAUUCGGAGACGAAGCAUUAGGAAUUCAUCCAUAUAAUAGCAUGACAGCAGCUGGAAAUCAAAAUUUAUUUAAAUCUGGAAGAGGUUGUGGAACUUGCUACGAGGUGAAAUGUACUUCGCAUCCAUCUUGUUCUGGAUCUCCGGUUAAAGUGACGAUUACAAAUGAAUGUCCCGGCGAUUGCAACAACGAACAAUUUCACUUUGACUUGAGUGGAAAAGCAUUCGGAGCAUUAGCUAAACAGGGACAAGAGAAUGCUUUACGCAACGCCGGAAGAAUUGACAUUCAACAUAGGAGGGUUUCAUGCCUUUACAAUGUGAAGGGUAUCACAUUCAAGAUUGAUACCGGAUCGAAUCGCAACUAUUUAGCUUUUGUGAUUGAGUAUCAAAACGGGGAUGGUGACAUUGGCAGCAUCGAGCUAUUGCCUUCGAAUAGUAAACAAUGGCUCGUUAUGCAACAAUCAUGGGGAGCAACUUGGAAGUGUGAUCUUCCAAACGGCAUCGAAGGUCCUUAUUCUGUAAAAUUCACUACCAUCGAAUCAAAGAAGACAAUUGUUGCACUUAAUGCAAUUCCAGCAAAUUGGACCCCAGGAUCUUCGUAUUCUUCGAAUGUAAACUCAAUAUUUCUCUAA